AUCUUUUUUUUUUUUUUUUUUUUUUUUUUUUUUUUUCUCCCAUUUAGUGGAUUGCAUUGGCUGCAAUUGGCUAGUGACCAGUUCAGGGUGUACCCCAUUUCUCGCCCAAAGAUAGCUGGGAUAGGCUCUAAGCACGCCCACGACUCGGAUGGAUAGAUUGCAUUGGUUUGGAGCCAGGCAGCACGGUGGCCGACUGGUUAGAGCGUCAGCCUCACAGUUCUGAGGAGCGGGGUUCAAUCCCCAGCCCCGCCUGUGUGGAAUUUGCAUGUUCUCCCUGUGCCUGCGUGGGUUUUCUCCGGGCACUCCGGUUUCCUCCCACAUCCCAAAAAUAUGCAUUAAUUGGAGACUCUAAAUUGCCCUUAGGUGUGACUGUGAGUGCGAAUGGUUGUUUGUUUGUAUGUGCCCUGCGAUUGGCUGGCAACCAGUUCAGAGUUGCAUUUUCUCUCUGUGUUUGUGUGCUCACAUGUGACCCUAAUGAGGACAAGUGGUAUAGAAAAUGGAUGGAUGGAUGUUAUAUUUCAUGUGAUGGGAGAAUCUCCUAAUGUUCUAAACUCCUACUAUUUUAGUUCUUUUGUUCACUAGUGAUUAACUAAUGAAUAUGGGCGAACAACUUAAUUAUCACAAGUAAAAAAAAAAAAAAUUCAUACCAGUCAUUUUGAAAUCGUGAAAUAGUUCAUAAUUUCUUAUUCUAGUUAACCUUUAUUUAACCAGGUAAAGGACCCUGAGGACACAGGCAUUUGUAGCCCAUUUUUAAAUUGAAUCCCACCACACCUAUAUUUAUUUGUUUGUUUGUUUUAUGUCCAUUUUAAACUAACUAAAAGCAUGUUUAACACGGUUUGUUGGAGGUUUUUCACCAAUAGAAACCAAUGAUCAACAGGGGGGCAUGGGUGUUGGAAUGGAUGCCCACCCAAACCCGUCUGGAUACAAUAUUACAGUAGUUUUUAGGAACAAAACUUCUGCCUCGUUUUUGAUGACCACCUACACCCACUAUGCAAUCAUGAUGGUGGUACUUGAAGAGCAAAAUGUUUUUUAGACCCCCUCACCUUUUUUCUUUAUUAUUUAUUUAAGAAAUAGCAUAAUGCGUAAAUAUCCCUAUUCAAAAGUGGUCUACACAACUUAAGACCAGUGCUGUACUGUAUGUAUUAUGUUGCUGACCAAGCCAUUUCACCCAAUACAGUAUAUGUAUCUUUCCACACUCAUAACACUUAAGAUGUAUAAGUUUCCUCUCCGAAAUAGUCAGACGGUGAGAAAUACCCCCUUAGCCUUGGGAAUGAUUCAAAAAAAGAAACGCAUCUAUUAUUAUCCGCCGGCGAGGUAAGCUUUGCCCCAUUCCAGCGCGAGAGGGAAUCCCUCGACGUCACCAAGGAUACCAAACACAACAGCGGUGUACAAAUAUGGGCAUGUACGUCAGCGGAACCCCGAGGCGGGACUUAAAUGCCUCGGUUGUAGGCUACUCGAGGAGGAUUCAUUCAUAAGACAAAAUCUGCUUGUUUGUAUCGUAAUUCCGCCGUGCAUCCGCCGGGUCGUGCCGCCGAACGGACUUUAUGGAUCUAUCGGGCUACGGAUCGAAGUAGUUUGAACACUGGGAAAGGAAGGAAAACACUUGUUCGCAACAAUUUCUCCCCCGCUUGUUUGUCGCGGGGAAGUGGAUUAAGGCUUCUUCAUGCAACUUUUUUGGAAAGACACUAGGAGCGCCUCACCGGCAAACAGCGACAAGACAAGUAACGGUGCCAAGCUCUCUCUCGGCCCCCGCGGGGAGAUGUACCAAGGGUUCCCCGGCGACCCCGACAGCGGUUCCCGUGGUAGCUCGUCCCCGUCCAUAGAGUCCCAGUACCUCUCCUCCGUGGACUCCUUCGGGAGCCCGCCGACCACCAGUGCUCCGCAGGAGUGUGUGUCAGCUGCAGCUGGCUUGAGCAUUGUGGGCAGCGGGCCAGGAUCCAGUAGCGGAGGGGAGAUGCCUGGCUCCUUCGUGCCGACCGUCACUGCCAUCACCACCAGUCAGGACCUGCAGUGGCUGGUUCAGCCAACCCUCAUCUCCUCCCAGGCCUCGGGGCAGAGCAGCACCACCGGAGCCUCCACCAUGACCCGGCCCGUGUCACUGGUUGAUCCCUAUGACAUGCCGGGCCCGAGUUACUCCUCUGGGUCCGCAUUCACUCAUCCAAGUUCGAACACCCCUGGCCCAGCACCGGGCCCCAUCCGCCAGUCCAGAACCCGUAGCCACCGCACCAGAGAAGAGUCUGUGAGUGAAGACGGAGAUGUUGGUGUGUUACUCACUCCAGAGGAGGAGGAGAAGCGACGUGUUCGUCGGGAGAGGAACAAACUGGCCGCUGCCAAGUGCAGAAACCGGCGACGGGAACUCACUGACAGGCUGCAGUCGGAGACGGACAUCCUUGAGGAGGAGAAGGCUGAGCUUGAGGCAGAAAUCUCUGAUCUGCAGAAGGAGAAGGAGCGCCUGGAGUUUGUCCUGGUGGCCCACCAGCCCAACUGCAAGAUCCUGUACCAGGAGCAGCCUCAACCAAGCACGGCACAGCUCCCUACUCAGACCUUGCAAGCCCCCACCUCCAUUGUGGACUUGGCUGUGAAGGAAGACUCUUUCUAUCUGCCUCCUGCCUACAUGGGCCACCCAGCCUCCACAGAGUCGCAGAUUCUGCCUCAGCAGCAGCAGCAACGAGUCCAACAGCCUCAGCCAGGAAUGAUACAGGAGGUAGAGUUUUCUCGUUCUUUCUAUGGCCCGGGUGAGGUAACGGCACCUGGCGGGCCAUGCCUCAUGGCCAGCGACGGUGGUGGUGGUGGUAACCAUGACGAUGCAGGCAUUGCCAGCCACAGCACUUCAUACACAUCUUCAUUUGUGUUCACCUACCCAGAGGGAGCCUGCGGGGUCAGUGCCAACCAUCGGAACAGCAGUAGCGAGCAGUCAUCCGAUUCCUUGAACUCGCCUUCCCUGCUGGCGCUCUGACUGACCGACCAAACUCGCACAUACCUAAAUGCUCGCUGAGUAGGGGGCUGACUGUCCCCCAUUGAGUUAAAGAACAAAAUUAAUGUGCAUUGCAAGAGAGAGCUGGAUUCAAAUAGCAUACAUCAAUCAGACGCAAAAUAUACAGAUUAAACUAAACUCGGUUUUCAGUGAAUCUGCCAAAAAUUUCACCGGUGCCCCCCCACCUUGUUCCCUCUGAGGGUCUUUCAUCCCCUCCUCCAUCCCUCGCCCUCCACCCUCCUCCUUUGUCCAGUGCCCAGAGGAGAGACACUCACUGCUAAUCCUUCAUCCGCCCAACUCCCCCUCAGCUUCCUCAUGCUUAGAAGUCGGCGAUCACUGCGUUGUUACAAUUCCUUUGCAGUGCCAGCAUCUCUGUUUCUCCUCUUUUGUCUCUUGUGUUUCUUCCCCUCUCUCUCCUUGAAGUCCUCCGAGCCCGAAGACCCCCUCCCCCCCCCCAGCCCUUGGGACCUUGAGUGAAUGGCCUGGCCCCCACGCUGACACUCACACACCUUAACCUCUCCUUCUGGACCUGGACCGUGAUUCUGCAGGGUGUUCCUAACAAGCACACCCUUCACUUUGGACUUAGACAAAACAAACAAGGCAGAGGUCUUCGGAUGAACCAUUUCUCGACACGAUGAAGACGAGACAUGUUGAGUGGCUCUGGAGAGAUGCUUUUGUUGUUGUGAGCCAAAUGCAAAUCAAGACCUGUCUGUGUAGAUUCUCAGUCAUCCAGGUCAUGGUAAUCCGCAAGGUUUGAAUCGAGGCAACUGGUCUUUGUUGAAGACGUUUCACCAUUGAUCUAAAAGGAAACUUCAGUUCCAUAUUUUUAGGUUUGGAGUCUCCUUAUUUUUGUUUCAUGUUGUUGCAGGGUGUGGCUGUUGAAUGACCGUCCUCCAUACCAACCGGUCGUUCACUUGCCUUGUGGGAAAACAGCUUGUUCCCGCAGAAUAAGGCAAUGUUUGGGGGGAGGGAUGUCAAGACAUUGUUUUAAGCAGAUGAUAGGUGAUGCCUCAAACUGUUACCUGAAAAUUCAGAACUGAAGAAGCGAUUGAGGGUGAAACAUCAACAAACAAGAAUGAGUCCAGUUGUCUCGAUUUAACCUUUGUGGAUCAAAUAAAAGAUCCUGCUCUUGCCAAGUGUGCGGACGGUUUCCCUCUUGGUUAAAAGCAUCACCAUGCUGCCACGGCUGUUGAGCAUUGUGCUUUUUUUGCCCGCCUGUUUGCCUUACUGGGAGAUGCAGACAACCUCUAAACAUCGGGCGUGCAUACGAAUGCACCUGGCCUGUUUAUUUCUUUCUUGAGGGAGGUUGUCACAGAGGCUGACCUGGAAACAAAAAGAAGAGAGACUCCGGGCCGACGUUGUGGCACUAACGUCUUCUCUUUGCCUGUGAAUUUGUGCCAUUUGUUUUCCCUCUUAUGUUCCAGUGAUAUUUGUUACAUAUUUUAAUGUCUUUUUAAUGUACAGUAUUUGAUUGUUCUGCUUUUUAUUGUACAACCGCAACCCUGGCCCACCUCCAACUCUUGCUGUUGUUGUUGCAUCGUAACUAAAAAAAAUUCCCCAUUGUUUUCAUGUGGCAACUUUGGAGGCAUGUUGUGCACUUAGUUUUUUAUGUCAAGAGGAAAAAAAAUAAUCUUGUUCAAGUCUAUAUGCCUAUGUGCGAUGAUUGUCAAAUAUGAAUGUGUUGCAGCUCUAAAGGGGAUAUUUUUGUCAAUGAAGAAAUUUGAAACAUGUAACAGGUUUAGUUUUACAAUGAAUAUUUUUCUAAGAGAAAGAGAAAAUAUUAAGAUAUAUAUGAUAGAUUUUGAAAAAUGACCCUGUCCCUUAACAUGAAGCACGAUGUCACUGCCUCUCACCAUGUGUAUUUAUGUUUUAUAAACCGUAUAAAGCACUAUCUAAGGCAAAGUCAAUGUAUGUGUGUAACUAUGACUAUGUUACAAGGUUGCGGGGAUGCCUUUUGUUUUGUCUGAUAUUUCUCUGUGAGGUCUGACCCAAAGCUACUUACUGACACCGCCACUUCAUCUUCCAAAUGGGAAUUUAAAAAAGUACAGUUGACUGAAAUCACUGUUACAGUUACACAUUAUCUACUAUUCUUGCUUCAUAUGCCCUACAAUAAACAAACAAUAUUGUUCAAUAAUGAACUGAAAUGUGUAUUUGAAGGACAAACAUAUCAGUUUACAAAAGAGGCUUUAUUUUUAAUAAAUAAAAAUAACUUGCAUCCAAAUAAUGACAAAAUGCCUGUAUAGUUUUCUGUCUCUGUGGCUCUUGGUGCUCAGAGAAUGGGUAGACCUCACUUUUUGAACAGCUGAUUAAGGAACUAUUUCAAGAUGCCUUUUUGAUUAGUUUUUUUUCUCCAAAAUGCAAAUGUGAUGAGAAUAUGUUCUGGUGUGUCAGAAUAAGCAUAAAACAUAUUCACAAGUUCUCAUGUACAUAGUUUUUUUCUUCUUCUUUGUGGUGCUGCUUCAAAAUCAUGAGAGGGAAAAAAACGUCGUUUCAUGAUGUAUGCCACCACCGUUUACAUUGACUCCAGACUUAAUGGACAGAGUAGUGAAUUCCAUGCAGCUAAAUCUCUGGAAGCAUAUGAAUCACCUUGUCAUUCCAUCGUGAUAGUAAUCAAUGUUGAUAGUAGUAGUAGAUAAUAAUAUUCAAUGCAACAUUGAAUGUGUGAAUGACACCUCAGAGGCCCUUGCACUGAACACACAUCCAUUAUUUUCUUCCCUGUCUGGAUUUCUUUUUAUGAAUAUGACACAAUCAACCUGCUUGUACUGUACAACGGCUGUGAUAGCAUCAACUGAACAAGAUUUGCUUCUAUUUUUCUAUGAUGACGUGAAUGUUUGCAAUGUGUUUAUAUUAUUCUGCACAAGACACAUUCACACAGCCAUGUUUUCUUUGGUAUGAAAUGCAAUACUUAAGAUGCUCUUGGAUGAACAUAAUGUAGCAAAUAUUAGUCAGGGGUUAUAAACUGACUGCUACUAUACUGUAUGUCCAGUGUGAUGAUGUAUUGCUAUAAAAACCUGGUUCAAAUACUCUCACAAAUUUACGGCAACAUUUAUUUUUCAUGGAAAAUGUUAUGACAAUUUUUUUAUCCAUCUUUAAUUUUAAUUUCUCUUCGGUUUCACAUUUGUAUCAGUGUUUCAUCUUUUUGCCAUAUAAUGACAUUGUAUUUUUUCAUAAUUGUUGCUGCAAACUUUAUGAUUGUCACAUAACAAUGAUAAAUACAUGAUACAUAUACACUACAUUGAGGUUACAACAGUGAAAGAGCCAAAGAUAUCUUGUUGGAUAGGUGACAAUAACUUAUAUUAUUGUACUUAUAUUUACAGAUACAUAUUGACAACAGGGUGCUACGAUAUAUUAUUAUUCUCUGCAUAUAUAAUGUCAGAUAUUUUUUGACAUUUAUACUUUAUUUUUCUAAUCUUAAUUCAGGUUUAUUAUGAUUGAAUGGGAACAGAAUAUGUGACAAAUCUAUUCACCUUCUGCUGUCCAACCUUCUCUACAGAAAAAAAUUCAAUAAAUUUAAUGUCCACACAAGACUAUCUCGGAUCCUUAACUGAAUUGGGUGAUGUGAAUUUUCCUCUGGAUCAACAAAGUAUCGACCUAACCGUGUAUGAUGGCAUAAACCAAAUACAGUUAACUUGUAAAGGAAUUACAGUAAUAAACACUAUAUCAUUCAGAUGCAUGUCUCUCGCUUUUAAAUGAGAGUCUUCGUCCACUUUCUCUGUCUUUGUGUAUUUACCAAUAUUCCUAAAAUUGUAACAAACUGAAAACGUGUAAAUUGGAAAAUGUCAGCUACUGUAAAUCUUGAAUCAA